AUGUUCGUGCAUCGGCCUUUUGGUCAGUGGCUUUCCAGUCACCAGCCUAUUUUUGGAGCAAUUAUAGAAACCUAUAUCAAAGAUCUAAAUUUGAGCCUUCUUAUUUCUACUAUCUGUCCUGGUUGGAGUUUUACCUCAAAUCACUUAUCUGAUGAUGAUGGUCGCAUAAUCAUUGUGUGGAGACCUCCUGCUUCUGUCCGUGUCCUGCACCAAACGAGACAAACUAUUACCUGUGAAGUGCAUCUACCGAGUGCCAAUCCGUUCACCUACACGGCGGUUUAUGUAUCUAAUACGAACUCUGAGAGAAAUGACCUUUGGGUUGAACUGUUGAGCCUUCACCAAACUCUCUCUCUUCACUCAAGUUCGUGGAUGAUUGGAGGAGAUUUUAACCAAGUCAUUCAUCAUGCUGAACACUCAAACCCAGAUGUGAAUAACCAUACUGCUGACAUGAUCGCCUUCAGAGACUGUCUUUCUCAAAUGGGCAUGUUCGACUUACGGUUUCAUGGACCGCUUUUCACUUGGUCUAAUCGUCAACCCGCCUCCCCUGUUGCAAAAAAGCUUGACCGGUUACUUGUGAACAGUCAUCUGAUCUCCCAAUUUCCCCACAGCUUAGCCUCGUUCUUACCUCAGCUAAUUUCUGACCAUAGUCCUUGCCUUAUAGACCCUGCCCAUAACCUCCCUAAAGCUGGAACCCGCCCAUUUAAAUUCUUCAACUAUCUCACAAAGCACCAAAACUUCAUCAGUGUGGUGCAAGAGGCUUGGAUUCAGGCCAGAAGCUUUGGUUCGAAUCUCACAUUCCUGUGUUGGAAGCAAAAGAUCAUCAAAAGAGAAUUGAAAGAGCUAAAUAGGGACAAUUUUUCUCAAAUACAAAGGAGAGUUAGUGAGGCUUACAGUUUGUUACAAAAUGUGCAGAAGUGCAAUCCUCCCCCUCCAUCUCUUCGCCGUUUCAAUGGUUUCAGAGCUUGA